AUUAUAGUUAAUAAAAACAUCCAGCUUUUAAACUAUAAUUCUUUUGGAUUCCUCCUCGAGUGCCUUUCACCCGGACUUUGUGAAUCCCCUCCACGCUGCUUCUGCAUUCCUUCGUUCCUCUAUUAUUUCUCCACCCCUUUCCCCCCGUCUCUCUCUCCUCACCCCUCUCUCUCUAAAAGACUGAAAACAAUAGAAAGGAACAAGGGGGGAAGAACACCAACCAAGCAGGACUUGGUUUUUGGGAACUCCAUGGGCUGUGGAAUUGUCCCCAGGAAUCCCCUCUGGGUUUGACGAGAUUCAUACAGAUACAUAUAUUUAAUUUUUUCCCCUUUCGUUUGCUCAAAAAAUCAAUUGUACAGGCGAAACUGCUUGUUUGUGCUUUGUUUCUUCCGUGUUUGUUUCCUUGGGAUUUUCCUCUGGUCCGUUCUUCUUCACCUGUGGGGUGGGAGGAGCAGAGACAAUCAUGGGAAAGCAAGGACCCUGCCGUCAUUGCGGAGUCACAAGUACUCCGCUGUGGCGGAAUGGGCCACCAGAUAAGCCGGUGCUCUGCAAUGCGUGUGGCUCGAGGUGGAGAACGAAGGGUUCAUUGGCAAACUACACUCCAAUGCAUCGCAAUGACAAUAUUGAUGAUGAUGAACCCAGAGUUAGCAAGCUGAAGCCACCGACGUCAAAGUUGAAGUCACAGAAGAAAAAAACAAAUCACAUUAUAAUGGAGAAUGGACCAUUCUCUGGUCAGAAUUUCCGAAAGAUGGGGGAUGUUGACCCAAGCUAUCGGUCUAGUUCAGGAUCUGCAGUAUCAUACUCUGAGAGUUGUGCCCCAUAUGGUGCUGCUGAUGCAAGUGAAAUGACUGGUUCAGCACAGUCACAUGCUUGGGAGUCCCUAGUGCCAUCAAGAAAGAGGAGCUGUGUCACCCGUCCGAAGCCUUCACCUGUUGAAAAGCUUGCAAAAGAGCUGAACUAUAUCAUGCAUGAAGAGAAGUUAUAUUACCUUUCAGAAUCAUCAGAGGAAGACCUACUAUACCAUAGUGAAACUCCUAUCGGUUCCUUUGAAAUAGGCUCUGGAAGUGUGCUUCUAAGACAUCCAAACUCGAAAUCACUGGAGGAAGAAUCAAAAACAAGCUCAAUUCCUGCAGAUAAUAAAUCAUAUAUUACAAGUGAAUCCUAUUCAGACUCUGCCUCAUUUGUCGUUCACAGUGGAAACAAGGCAGCAAUUAACUUAAAUCUUCCAACUGCAAGGCCGAAGAAGUCGCCGCUGCAUAUGGAAGACAAUGCUAGAAGGGAUAAACUUCAUUAUGAGAAUCAGCAUGUCCUGGAGAGUGUUGAUUCGCCUUUAGUUUCAGUAGAUUUAGAGGAUGUUAUAAACUAUACUAACUUCAUGAAAUAUCUAACUAAAGAGGAUCGACGUCAGUUGCUCAAAUUUCUUCCUCCUGUGGACUCCUUAACACCUCCUGAAAGCCUUAGAAGCAUGUUCAGUUGUAUCCAAUUCUCUGAUGCUAUUGACAGCUACCAGAUGCUGCUUCGAGAGGGAAUUCUCGACCCAUCCUUAUGUGGUGAUGAGGAAUGGAAGAAAGUGAAGACGCUUGCCUUAACUAAUUUAACAAAAUGCAGUUGGCUGGAGUGCUAUAAACAGAAAAAGGGAGCUAAAGAAACCGGGGGAGUGGGGGGCAUCAGUGGACCGGAAGGCUUUACCAAGUCUACUAUGAAACCACUCAAAAGACCCCGUGACACCCACUUUCAGAGUGACGCAGAACUAGAUGGUACCAUGAGGAGUCCUCUAAGAGUUCUAAAAUCCGGGGCUUUGGCUCUUCAGUUUGAAAGUUCAUCUUUGCCAAAAUCUGGCUAUGCCACCGAAGAUUCAACCUGCACUGGAGGAGCACCUAAUCUAUUCAUGUUACCCCUAGAAAAGCUACCAUUACUGGUCCCUUCUCAGUAUGCCGUCUCUGAUCAAGACUUGCUGCUGGAAAUACCUCUCAACGCACGACACCCAGAGGCAGAACUUCUCUGUCAACCAUCUCAGCUGAUGAGCUCUAUAACCAGCAGCUCCACCUCUAUGGGUGGGGUUGCUGAAGGAGAAGGGUACCUGAAGCAACCAUAGUCUUAGGUCACAUCAGCAAGCAGCUUAGGAACAGCCAGUAGUUGCAGUUUACUUUAACCUCCUGGAUCGUGUCGCCUCUCUGUGCCGAUCACCAAUGGGCCUUAAGUGUCCUUAUUUACAUAACAAUGUGCUUCGUAUGCCAACUUGGCGAAUUGUCGGUUCAGCUAAUAUUUGUAGCAUGCUUUUGGAUCGGCUUUCUGCUGGUUUUCUGUAACAUAUGGCGCAUGGAGAAAGCAUUAACUUAUCUCUGUAUGGAAAAAAAAUAUCACCAUAUUGUAGGAAAAUGAAAAAAGAGGAUAAUGGAGAGUUGUUUAUGUGA